UACACGAUCCGGCCGGGCUUCGGUGGCUCAUAGUACGGACGGUGAGGUGUUUUUACGGGCGGAAAUGUCUCUGUCAUCAACGGGGAGCCCGGACACGACCAGCCGGAGGAGGAGGCCGGCUGAAUUCGCGCAGGAUUCUUCAAGCGAGCAUGAUCCUCUGUUAGGUUACAGUAAUGAACAGGUCUAUGAUCGAACGUGUGGCUCUCAGCACACCGCAGACACCUCUACUUCAUCUUCACAUCACUUCUUAUAUCCUGCAACAAAAUGCAUUUCUGCACAUGCAUGUCAGAGCCAUCAUACCUGUGAAGACAGCUGGAAGGAGAGCCAAAAUAAGCGAACCAUCAGAGCUGAGAAUGAAGUGGAAGCCAACAAACUGGUCAACAACUACAGAUUUGGGUUUAGAAAGUGGAAGAGCCAUGUGACAGAGCGGCCGUUUGAAGACCGGUCAGAUGUUGUGAAAGAACUCUACUCUGAGCUAAAUGUCGUUAAACCACAUUCAGGUCCAGGUCAAUGCAUCACAUGUGGAAAUGUAGCCUACGUGCUUCUGUUUGGUUGGUGGGUUUCUCUGGCAUAUUUCCUGGUUGGCAUAUUGAUGUUCGUCACUAUUACUGGGGUACCUUAUGGUAAACUUUGCUGGAAGCUGUGCUGCUACUUCCUGUGGCCAUUUGGCAAUACAAUCCAUGAGGUAGGAAAUACAUUGAGGCGAUGCUGUGAGCACGUACCAGACUGUGAGUGCAGCAUGGAAGCAGAAGAAGAUAACUCACCAUUUCUGCUGCCAUCACCCACAGAGGUGCCAGUCCCAGAGAUGUCAGGCCAACCUCUGCGCACUACCUACUGGCGUCGUUUUGCCACCUACGUAUGGCUGCUGCUGGGAUAUCCUCCUCUGGUGGUCGUUCACAUCCUGGCUUGCUUCAUCUCCUGGAUCCUGGUCUUCACCAUCCCAGUUUUCAAGAUGAAUGCACGAACUCUGGGCGUCAUCCUCCUCCUGCCUCCUGAGGAUGUUUAUAUCUCUGCUGGCUCACAGAGGAAGCGUCAAGGCUAUGAGACCAGAGCGCUGCUGUGCUGCUACCACGCUGCCAACUGGUACUACUACAAGUACACAGUUGAUGGGAUUAACGUGUUUGCUUCCAACCUCCUCCCUCUAGUGAUAGUUGCCCUGGUAACUGGAUAUAUUGACAGAGAAAACAAGUACACCAGCUCUGAAGUCAAAUUCGCCAUAGCAAUUGGGUCCAUCAUACCUCUGUCAUAUUACAUUGGCAUGGGCAUUGCAAGUAUCUCAGCUCAGAGUAACUUUGCUGUGGGUGCUGUGGUCAAUGCCACCUUUGGCUCCAUCACAGAACUGACCUUUUACAUCACAGCCCUGCUCAGAGGUCACCAGCAAGCCAACUCAUGUCUGCAGGAAGUUGUUAAGGCAGCACUGACUGGCACAUUGCUUGGGUGCAUCCUCUUCAUCCCUGGCAUAUGCAUGAUAAUCGGAGGUCUGCGGCACAGUGAGCAAAGGUUCAACAGUCGUUCUGCAGGAGUGAGCUGUGCGUUGCUUUUCAUCUCCAUAGGAGGUGUGUUCGCCCCUACACUGUUCUCUAAGGCUUAUGGGAACUUAGUGUGUGACUCCUGUACCAACUCCACCAGGCCAAACAGCACGAGCAACAGCAGCGGGCCAUUUGUCUGCCACAGCUGCCACUAUGACCUGAGCAAUGGUACACUGUUUCACAACCAUGUUCAGCCUCUGGUAUACACUGUGUCUGCUCUCUUGCCUGUUGCCUACAUCAUUGGUCUCCUCUUUACACUGAAGACGCACUCCCACAUUUAUAACAUCCACGUUGGAGAAGAAGAGGUGAGUAGCCACCAUGGGACAGUGGUCCACUGGUCACGCUGGAGGUCUCUAGUCAUCCUCAUCUUGGCUACAGUGCUCACGUCUGCUUGUGCUGAUCUCGCCACCGAGCACAUUCAGCCCAUACUAAACCAACCAAACAUCUCUCAGUAUUUCAUAGGGGUGACAGUUCUUGCUAUGGUUCCUGAAAUCCCAGAGAUUGUUAAUGGGAUCCAGUUUGCACUCCAGAACAACAUCAGUCUCAGCCUGGAGGUGGGGAGCUGUAUUGCUGUGCAGGUCUGCAUGCUACAAAUACCAAUACUGGUCUUAUUUAAUGCCUUCUAUGAUGUGGGAUUUGUGCUGAUUUUCAGUGACCAGCAUCUGUGGGCCAGCAUCUUUAGUGUGAUUCUAGUUAACUACAUCUUCAUGGAUGGCAAAUCUGAUUAUUUUCAGGGUACGGCUCUGGUGGUCAUCUACCUCAUCCUCCUGGCUCUGUACUACUUUGCUCCAUCUCCAGGUGGCUGUUAAAUGUUGGAUGAAGAUUAAAUGUUCAUGGGGGAAUCCUAAAAGAGGACUUUAAUUAUUUUAUCUAUUG